CAGCGUCUUGCACACACCUCCACACGUGCAACCGCCAGGAUGUUCCCGUCGCUCGCUUGACGACUUCUCUCGGGCUUGUUUUAACUUUAGUUUCUCCUCAUUUUUAUUUUUUUCAGUUUUUUUUAUUUUUAUUUUUUUUCGGGGGGGGUGACCAUGGAAAAAUUGGAGCGUGGCGUCCGCGGGUCCUAUCACGGGUCCAAUAAUCCGUUCUAUCACAAGGUGACGCUGAGCAGCUUCCAACGAAUCCGGGGUCUGAUCCUAGGAAGCAUCCUGUUCCCGGUUCGGAUCGUCCUGGCGAGCCUCUGCUUCCUGCUCAUGUGGCCCCUGGCCCGCCUUCGCCUGGCCGGGCUUUCGGCGGAGGAUCGCGCCCGACCCGUCACAGGCUGGCGCCGCUGGCUCUUCCAUCCCGGCGUCUGGCUCCUCAGCCGGGCCGUCUUCUUCUCCGUGGGCUUCGUUUGGGUCCGGGUCAAAGGUCGGCGGGCUGACCUGAGGGAGGCCCCCGUGCUGGUGGUGGCGCCCCACAGCAGCUUUCUGGACAUGCUGGUUUUGUGUACCACCCAGCUGCCCACCGUGGUGUCCCGCUCGGAGAACACAAGCCUGCCGGUCAUUGGAGCUCUGCUGGAGUUCAACCAGUCUGUGCUGGUGAGCAGGAGCGAUCCGGAUUCCAGGAAGAAAGCUGUCGCCCAGCUCACGGAGAGAAUCACUUCCAACGGUUACUGGCCUCAAAUGCUGAUGUUUCCUGAGGGCACCACCACAAACGGCAGCGCUCUGAUUAAGUUCAAACCCGGUGCUUUUCUCUGCGGAGUCCCGGUCCAACCAGUUCUGUUGCAUUUCCCCAACAAAUUGGAUACAGUCCGCUGGACACACAAAGGGACAACGUGGAGCGAAGUGCUGUGGCACACCGCUUCCCAACUCUACACCAACAUAACUGUGGAGUUCUUGCCGGUCUACAAUCCCUCGCUGGAAGAGAGAAACAACCCCAUCCUGUACGCUGACAAUGUGCAGAUGCUCAUGGCAAAGGCUCUCGGCAUUCCGGCUACAGACUACGUGAUGCAGGGCGGCGUGCCCGUCCAAAAAGUGGGCAGUCUGUCUCUCCCGUUGCUGUCACCCGGCAGGGAAGCGUUGAUACUGCUGCACAAGGCCAGGCUGGGAGCGAGUGAAAUGGAAGCUGCGAUGGACAGAAUGGUUGAUGGGUGUCGGUCAGGAUCCUCGCCGGUCGGAGCCGAAGAGCUCACCGGUCUUCUUGGACUCGCUGACCGGCGGACAGCAGCGAGCAUCUGCGGCCUCUACGCCAAGGAAAACGUAGUGGACCUAAGACAGAUCUAUCUGAAUGUGGCCGCUCUCUCUGGACUUGUUAACAUCAAGUCCCUCCUGCACACGGCCUUCGAUCUGUACGACGGAGAGGGGACAGGAAGUCUGAGUGCCGAGGAGCUGUCGGACCUGAUGGGGGCGCUGUUGGGUUCACGUCAACCUCACGCUGCACAGCUCUACGCUGAGGUCUCCAGUGGUGGCCGGUUAAGUCGAGAUGACCUUGUGCGAACGUUCACGAGCCACCCGACCUAUCAGAAAGUGGUGAGCGAGCACCUACAGCCCGGCCAGGCGGCGCGUCAGUUGCUGGUCAACAACAACGGAAACAUGCUCAAUGGCAACAAAAAAGUCAUGUGAAGGUUCAUGUGCUUUUUUUGAUGUGAUUGCAUUUUUUUUUUUUUUUUAAACUUCAGCGCAGAGCCACUUUAACCAAAUAAUUCAAAAAAUUGUAUUGUUGCAUUUUUGUGUGUUUGUCCCUAUACCAAUGUUAUUAUAGACUUCUUAUGUGUGAAUAUUUUUUUAAAGUGCAAGCUGUCCAAAAAAAAAAAAGUAUUGUACAUGUAUUUUUAUAUGAAUAGCUUCAUUUAUUACAGAAAUGCCAUAUGUUUUUUUUUUUUUUCCCCUCACAGGUUUACGGAUGACGUUCAUUCUAUUUCGUUUGGGUUUUAAAAAUGUAAUCUGUUUUUUCGAGUGUUAACGGGAAACAAAAGGGGCUUUGAAUAAAAGUAAACAGUUUUGUC